CUGUUAAAACUGGUGAGCCUAUUCAAUGGGAAUCAGUCUUGAGCGAAGUGGAUAGUAAAAGAUGGGAAACAAAUCACUGUGCCUUCUCAUUGCUACUGUUUUAGUUGCAUAUUAUAUUUACAGCCCUAUUCCAGAGAAUGUUGAGGACCACUGGAAACUGAUGUUCAUUAGUGCUGCCUUUAGAACUGUGGGACAUGUGGCAGCAGUUGCUGAGAAGCUGGGUCUUGCACACUACAUGGACAUUAUGAUGGUGAUCACAAGUAUGGAAUACGCAGCACCAGCAUCAGAUGAGAAGGUCACUGUGAGGGACACUGAAUUUAAUGGUGUUCCGGUUCGUUUGUACAUCCCUAAAGACCAGCCUGAUUCCUUGAAAAGGGCAGUGAUUUUCAUUCAUGGGGGUGGAUGGUGUGUAGGAGGGUCAGCAAUGAAGCCCUAUGACCUCCUGUCGAGAUGGACUUCAGAAAGACUAAAUGCUGUCGUCGUCUCAGUCGAGUACAGAUUGGCACCAAAAUAUCAUUUUCCAGUUCAGUUUGAAGAUGUGUACACAGUGGUAAAGUACUUCCUGCAGAGCAGUGUUCUUGAGCAAUACAACGUAGAGCCAAGCAGGGUGUGCAUUUCGGGAGACAGUGCAGGAGGGAAUUUAGCUGCAGCAGUGGCGCAGCAGCUUCUAGAUGAUCCUGGUGUCAAAGUUAAACUCAAGAUCCAAGUUUUACUUUAUCCUGUUCUUCAGACCAUUGAUCUGGAUUUGCCAUCCUAUCAAGACAAUGAAAACAUGCCAAUUCUGCCUAAAUCUUUAAUGCUCAGAUUUUUCAGUGAAUACUUUACGACUGACAUCUCUCUAAACAAAGCAAUGGAGACCAACCAACACGUUCCUGCAGAGCUAAGCCAUUUGUUUAAAUUCGUCAACUGGAGUCACUGGCUACCUGAAAGGUUUAAAAAGGGUCACAUUUAUACCAGUCCAGCACAUGGCAGUUCCAAGCUGGGGCAAAAAUACCCAGGAUUUCUAGAUCCAAGAGCAGCCCCACUAUUGGUUGAUGACAUCAAGUUGCGUGGUUUACCCCUCACAUAUGUUGUCACAUGUCAGUAUGAUGUCUUGAGGGAUGAUGGACUCAUGUAUGUCUCACGGCUUAGGGAGGCAGGAGUUCCAGUAAUACAUGAACAUGCUGAGGAUGCUGUUCACGGGGCUACAUUGUUUAUUGCAAGCCCAUUUGUCUUAACUAUGGGAAAGAGGAUAGCAAAUAAUUACAUUGAGUGGUUAAAUAAGAACUUAUAAAGGAAAGAAUUUCUGUGGAAAGCUUCUGGCUCUCAUCAGUUUGGGCUAGGUUUUAUACUGUAAUUUGGGGAAGAAAUGAUAUUUUCUCUGAAUAAUUUGAUAUUGUACGUCUAUGGCUAUUGUAAUUGUUAGAAAAGCUUUUCCUCUCUCUGUUUGAACAAGGCUGAGAUUAUUGGUUUGGGUGCCUUUUUUGUGUGUUUGUGUUUGUGUAUCUCUAGCAAAUUGUUCUUAAUUUUUAAAACAACAUUGAAAUGAAAUGUAUGAUUUUUUCAGACCGUUCCAGGUGUGAAAUUGCUGUUCCAGAUCUGUAUGUUGUUCUGACUUUGUUCUGCUUUGGGGGCAGGAUGUCUCAUGAUCAGAGCUUGGAACAGUUACUUUUUUGAACUACAACUCCCAUCAGCCCAAUCCAGUGGCCAUGCUGGCUGGGCUGAUGGGAGUUGUAGUUCAAAAAAGUAACUUUUCCAAGCUCUGCUCAUGAUUUGGCUUAUUUGCCAUGUGAUCCACCCUUGCUCUCUAAGUGGCCUUUUGAUUAAUGGCUUGUAGAAACUCAACCUGAACACACAUUGAACUCAGUUUUAUUCCUUGGUUAUAGUGCUUAUAUGUCUGAGGCCCAUAAUUUCAAUAGACGCCCAUCCAAGGGCUCUGCUGCUGUUCAUAUCACAGUAGGGUGGCCUAACAGGAAUAAACCUGGGAACCACAGACCAGUCAGCCUUUUAGUGCAAAUUCCUCCUAUUAAACACAUUUGUGUGCAGUUUUGACUAAUGUAACAUUUUUGCAAGCAAUUUCUCCUAAUAUAAUUUAUUUAUUUUAUUUAAUAAAAUGUAUACAGUAGGGCCCCACUCAUGCAGUGGGUUACGUUCAAGACCCCCGCCAAAAAGUGAAACCCGCCGAAAAGCGGAAGUCAGUCAAUAAAAUGGCGCCCGAAGCCCAAAACACGCCGUAAAAGCGGAACAAGCGCCGUAUGAGUGGGGCCUUACUCUAAUUGAAAGCCGCCAUAUUAGUGGAAUGCCGAAAAGCGGGCCGCCGAAAAGCGGGGCCCUACUGUAUACUGCUUGAAUGUAAAGAUCUCUAACUAGUUUACAAAACAUUAAAAUUAUCAAUAAAACGUUUAAAAACAAGUAAUUAGAAACUUAUUUAAAACAAUUAAAACAGCUACUAAAAGAUUAAAGAGAUCAACGUCUACUGUGUGUGUCUGGAUAGGCCUGCCUAAACAAAAAUGUUUUCAGCAGGCAGCAAAAGGAAUACAGUGAAGCUGCCUGCCUGAUGUUAUAGGCAGAGAGUAGUAAUGCAUUUUCUGUGUUAGUUUCACCAAUAUAUUCAUUUUUUAAUGCACACUUUCCCCUAACAAAUGCAUUGUUGCAAAAUUCAAAUAAGUGCAAAUUCUGAAGAACUGAAACUGUGUUUUGGUUCUCCUAUUGUUCCGGAAAGUGUAAAUUUGAUAGCUUUGGCUUUAAAUGUGAACCAAACUGAAUUUCUCACCCAUCCCUAUUGUGAAUGCCAUAAUCCCCUUUUGCCCUUCUUACAAUAUUAACAAUUUAAACAGGAUGGUUUUAUGAACAGAAAUGCUAGCUCAGCUCGGGUUUUUCAUUCUACUGAGCGGCAAUGAUUUCUACUCUUGCAAACCACAUGGCUCAUCUCUCUUCCAGUGACCUCUAUGCAGAUUUCUUAAAAUCAGAUGAAACUGGAAAACAAGGUGAUAAGAAGAAAUUUAGGAUUCUGUUCACAGCCAAUUACAAUGAACUGUCACCUGGCAAGCAUAUUGCAAAUAACACAAUGUUUUAUUUUAGGCAGGGAUGAUAUUCAGCAUGAGCUUUUGUCUAUAUGUAUUAGAUGUUAAUUUUAUUAAUCAUUCCAAGUUUUCCUGUAUGACGUCCCCUCAGAUUUCAGACUCUGGGUUUUAGCUGGCAAGCAAAAGCUUUCAUAAGCCGUACCAAAAAAAAAAAAAAAAAAGUCAGGAAAAGGUGUUCUUUUUUUAAAACCGCCAAAAAGUUUUCCCAAAACUGAGAAAUGUUUUUGUUUAAAUUUAUAUCUCAUCCUCCCUCCCAAGGGAGGCAAACACACAUAGGACAAUUAAAAACAUCUAAAAACAUUUAAAAACAAUUCCAGUGCAGAUGCAGACUGUAGAGAUCUCUACUUAAAAGACUUGUUGGAAGAGGGAGUUCUUUAGUAGGUAACAAAAAGACAACAGAGAUGGUGCCUGUCUAAUAUUUAACGGGAAGGAAUUCCAUAGGGUAGGUGCCAUGACACUAAAGGCCCAAUUCCUAUACUGUAUGGAAUGAAACUCCUGAUGAGAUGGCAUCUGCAGGAGGUCCUCACCUACAAAGUGCAGUGAUCAAUUGGAUAUAUGAGAGAGAUGGUUUUUUGUUAACAUUUAGUUCUUCUUUUACAAAAAAAGUCUCAAAAAGAUAGUGCUCAUGGGAUUCCUUUAAAAAGCACAUCCAUGAAUACAAAAGGUUACAUCAGAAGUCACCUCCAGAGAAGAAUUCUAGGUUGCAUUAUCAGACAUCUGGAAGAAGGAAAUAGUAGUAUAUCACUGGGACAAUUUUUUUCUUUCUAUUUUAAGAAAUGGCAAUAUGAUUAAGAUCACAGACAGAUUUUGUACUACUGCAAAACCUGGCAUUGGGUUAUAGAUGGCGUGAUGUUGUAGAAUUGUAAUAAAACUCCAGCAAAUUGUGGAACAAA